AUGAGCAUCAAGGAGGAAAAAUCCCCUACUCCCCCCCACCCUCUGUGAGUGAACAAAACCAUUAGAAAAGUCGCUAUUUUCUGCCCAAAAACCCACCCUCCGUGAGUGAACAAAAAUGUUUUUAAUAGAAAAAUUUUUUAUGGAAAAAAAAUUUGAUAUAUAAAUGAUAAUUAGUAUAAUGAAAUUUAGAGCUAAUUCUGUUUAAUUUUAAACAAAUUGCUUUUUAAAAACAUAAAUUUUAUAAAUUAAAUUAAUAUUUGCUUUCCAAUUUUUGCAAAUUAGGAUUUUUUUAAAUUUCGAAAAAAACAACAAUUUUUUAUAAAAUUUAUAUAUAAAUUUUUUUAAAACAAAAAAAUUAACCCCUCCUUGAGUAAACAAAAUUUUUUUUGUUCACUCACGGAGGGGGGGAAGUAAGCCGAAAGCUAGUGUCUCUCAAAUUGGCUCGAUCUGCUGCUCUUGCGAAUUGACUCUUGACAGAUUUCGAUCAACGGGAAUGGGAAAUAUUACAUCUAUAUGAUAUUUAAGCAAGUUCUUGAGCUAUUCUGGUGAUAUAAAACAAAUAAUUUCCAAUAUUACCUUACUCGUUCAGAAAUAGCAAGAGUUUUUAUUAUUCAAAUAGCUGGGAUAAUUUUUCUUCAUAAUAGUGCGCUAAUUUAAUUUAUUCUAUUCUUCUUAAAAUUUUAGCAGAAUUAGCUUGAAAUUGUUCGAAAGAAUUAUAAACCCCAGGCUAUUUUAAAAAAGUUACAGAAAAUAUUAAGCAGGACCUAAUUCAUUAAUUGAGAGGUAAGUUAGAAAGUUGCGAGAGCGCAAAAGAUCAUAAUUACUUUGAGGUAACUUUGACCACAACUGACAAGUUCGGCCAAUCUGAUUCAUCUACCACUUCAGUAAACAUGAUAUAUGAUGAAGUAGCCAUUUCUAUAGCUAAUAAAGAAACCAUCAAUGUCGGUACCGACUGGCCAUUAAAGUUAAAAUUCCAAUGUCAAAAAAGCACUCUUAUAGACUUAGAUGCAAAUCCUUCAAUUUCUUGAAGCGUUGCAAAAAGUAAUAGAAUGUUGUCUGAAGAUACAUAUUACAGCACGACAGGUAUUGAGUUUACUUAUUUAUUUUCAAAACUCGGUGAAUAA